AUGCCAAGCCAACAGAAGAAAGUCAUUUUUUGCAUGGCGGGAGUAUUAAGCUUCGUGUGUGCCCUUGGAGUUGUGACAGCCCUGGGGACACCGCUGUGGAUCAAAGCCACCUUCCUCUGCAAAACAGGGGCUCUGCUAGUCAACGCCUCGGGUCAGGAGCUGGACAAGUUCAUGGGGGAGAUGCAGUACGGGCUCUUCCACGGAGAGGGCACGAGGCAGUGCGGACUAGGAACACGGCCCUUUCGGUUCUCAUUUUUCCCAGAUUUGCUCAAAGCAAUCCCAGUGAGCAUCCACGUCAAUGUCAUUCUCUUCUCCAUGAUCCUGAUCGUCUUAACCAUGGUGGGGACAGCCUUCUUCAUGUACAACGCUUUUGGCAAGCCCUUUGAAACUAUGCAUGGCCCUCUAGGUUUGUACCUUCUGACCUUCAUUUCAGGGUCCUGCGGUUGUCUUGUCAUGAUUUUGUUUGCUUCUGAAGUGAAAAUUCACCACCUCUCAGAAAAAAUUGCAAAUUAUAAAGAAGGAAUUUAUGCCUACAAAAUACAAAGUGAAAAAUAUACCACCUCAUUCUGGGUCAUUUUCAUUUGCUUUUUUGUUCAUUUUUUGAAUGGGCUCCUAAUACGACUUGCUGGAUUUCAGUUCCCCUUUGCAAAAUCUAAAGACACAGAGACAACGAAUGUAGCUGUGGAUCUAAUGUACUGA